CCUUUUUAUAACAAAAACUAAAAUUUGUAUUGAAAUCUCUCUUGGGAAAAUAGGGGCGUUGCAGACGGAAUUUGACAUAAACAAACCUCCGGGCUAUCAAUCGAUCAACCGACCGGGUCUCAAAAAGUUGGGGUCUUCAGCUGAAUUGUGAACUGAAUCAAAGCCAAACUUAGACAAUCUCGGCAACAAUGGCUACUGUGAGCUCAGUCUCGGUGGGCACUGCCCUAUUUGCCCUAGGCAUUUUGUUCGCAUCGUACUACGGGUCUGUUGACGCGAAGCCCAAGUCACCGUCAGCGUUCGUAAAGAAGACGAUCUCAUCUCACACCAUCGUCAUCUUCUCCAAAUCUUACUGCCCAUACUGUAGAAGAGCAAAAGCUGUGUUUAAGGAGUUGAAACAAGAUCCAUAUGUUGUGGAACUUGAUGAGCGAGAUGAUGGUGGUAGUAUUCAAGACGCCUUGAGUGAAAUAGUCGGUAGGCGAACUGUACCUCAAGUUUUUAUAAACGGGAAGCAUCUUGGAGGCUCUGAUGAUACUGUUGAAGCAUAUGAAAGUGGAAAGCUUGCAGAACUUCUAGGCCUUGAUUCUGAUGAUAAGGAAGAUCUUUAGGCGGUUCUAUCUUUUUAAUUUCUUCUGUUGGCAUGUAGAACAUAAUAAUUAACCCGAUUAAACAUACUUAUUUCUCAAAAAAUAAUAAAAAAAACAAAUCAGACUUUCUAGCUUUUUGCUUAUCCAGGAUUUUCAUCAGUUGGUUGACGAAUUUUAGCAGGGCUUUGCAACAAUCAAGGAAACUGUGCAAAAUGAUCACAAUAUAAAAAUGUAAUGCAUUAGGAUUCGUACUUGUUUAUUGGCAGUCUUUUGAUUGAUGCAUUAGGAUUGUACCAAAAUCUGCAGAUGCAUCAGGUUAGCUAUUCAACUUUGAAAACUCAUUCAGCCAUGAACAAGUACGAAGGCAUUAUUGAGAUCUUUAAACAAACAUGUCUGUGAUCCUAGAUUUUUAAAAAACUUUGCAUGGCUAAUGGCUUAAGUUGCCUGUGAGUUGUUUAAGUGAAAUCAAAUGGAAGUGCUCUAAUUUCUAAUAAUGAAACUCCAUUAGAUAAACAAGUUUGGAGGAUGAUUUGUAGACAAAAUCAUUGGUUGCACAAUACUUCAAAGCAAUGUCUUUUAAACAAGUCAAUAAUAUGGAUCACAAUUGGAUCGUCAUACUCCCUUCUUCGCUGGAAUAUGGGUUAAAGUGGAGACUGGAGAAGAA